CCUCCAACUCCCAUGGCGGCUGCUACAGUUGCAAGGGGUCUCCAAGCUCUGGUCAAGGCGUCCCCUCACGCGCAGGUUCCCGUCAGGAUGAUGGGUACCAUUCCUAAUGAUCCUGCUGUGAAGAGGACCGGUCUGUUGGCUGAACAGAUCGUCAAACUGGUCAAGGAGUCACCAGAGUGCACCAUGGAAAGUCUGCAACCAUUGUUGGCGGAACUUGCUACGACAACACAACAGCCGCCAUAUAAAAUUGCUGAAGCUUUGGCAAGGGCAUCCAAAGAUAACACUGAUGCACUCUUUAAGAGAUUGGAAACUAUUCUGAAGCCAGAAGAGAUUUCAAAGCCGUUAACUCUUGGUGAGUUUAACCAACAAAGUCUGAUAUCAAGACUCACAAGAGUGGAAUCAGGGCUUGAGAUGCUUAACCAACAAAGUCUGGCAUCAAGACUCACAAGAGUGGAGACAAGGCUUGAAGUGUUUAACCAACAAACUCUGACAUCAAGACUCUUAAGAGUGGAGUCAGGGCUCGAGGUGAACAGCAGGGUUGCUAUUUUACUUGUGGGUAUUUUGGGGGGAGGGACUAUUAUGAUGUUGGGGUAUAUCUCUACAUCAAAAGAAUUCAUGAAAAGUUCAGAUGCUGAGUUUAAGAGAAUUAAGAAAGAAUUCCUCCGCAUCGACUCUCGUUUGUCGAAUGUGGAACCAAAGCUUUGUUGCUCUGCCUGUGGCGAUGCUGUCGUUCUCAAGAAUCCUGCAGUGGAUGAUAUACUGGAGGAAGCUGCUACAGCUCAAACUUCUGCUACUGUCAAGGAUGACGAAGGUUGGUGGAGCUGGAUCUGGGGAACCUUCCGGAGGUGGUUUUAGUAGAAAUGCAUCAGAGACGUGAAGUUCCCAUGACAGGGCGCAAGUGAUGGCUGUUGGAAACCAUUCUGCAUGGUCUGUCCUUUGACAGUGUCAAAAACACUUGCUUGAACCAUUGUUACUCUAUUGCGCCUUGGUGCAUUAACAUUUGAUACCAUCUGCUCGAUUUUGCUGCACUAGAGUAAUAUUGAAGUAUAAGUA